AUGUUUUCUACCGCCGGAAGAGCUGGCCUUUUGGCUGCAAGGACGGUAGUCAACAAUUCCUUGGCUGAAAAAACACCUUUGGUGGCUGGAGCCCUAGUGAACAAGCGAGAAUAUGCUGCCCAAGUCGCAGGAACGAGUCAAGGUAAGGUGGUCGCGGUCAUCGGUGCCGUAGUAGACGUUCAAUUCGAAGGCAAUCUUCCAUCCAUCCUAAAUGCUCUUGAAGUACAAAACCGCUCUCCUCGUCUGGUACUGGAAGUGGCCCAACAUUUAGGGGAAAACACUGUGCGUACUAUUGCUAUGGACGGUACCGAGGGGUUGGUUCGCGGACAGGUGGUACUAGACUCUGGUUCACCUAUUCGUAUUCCUGUGGGAGUUGAGACUCUCGGCCGCAUUAUGAACGUAAUUGGAGAGCCGAUUGAUGAGCGCGGCCCGAUUCCCACCGACAAACGUGCUUCUAUUCACGCUGAUGCACCUGAAUUCGUAGACAUGUCUGUAGAGCAAGAAAUUCUCGUUACUGGCAUCAAAGUUGUAGAUCUGCUGGCUCCUUACGCUAAGGGAGGUAAAAUCGGAUUGUUUGGUGGCGCUGGUGUCGGAAAGACUGUACUGAUCAUGGAAUUGAUCAACAAUGUUGCUAAGGCACAUGGUGGUUACUCUGUCUUUGCUGGGGUAGGAGAACGUACACGUGAAGGUAAUGACUUGUACCAUGAAAUGAUUGAAUCUGGUGUCAUUUCUUUGAAGGACAAAACUUCUAAGGUAGCUCUUGUAUAUGGACAGAUGAAUGAGCCCCCAGGUGCUCGUGCCCGUGUUGCUCUGACUGGAUUAACUGUAGCUGAAUACUUCCGUGACCAAGAGGGUCAAGAUGUGCUUCUAUUUAUUGACAACAUUUUCCGUUUCACUCAAGCUGGUUCUGAGGUAUCUGCUCUACUUGGUCGUAUUCCAUCUGCUGUAGGAUACCAACCAACGCUGGCUACUGAUAUGGGUACUAUGCAGGAACGUAUUACAACUACAAAGAAGGGAUCUAUCACUUCUGUACAAGCUAUCUAUGUGCCUGCUGAUGACUUAACUGAUCCAGCCCCAGCUACCACAUUUGCUCACUUAGAUGCAACAACUGUGUUAUCUCGAGCUAUUGCUGAACUUGGUAUUUACCCAGCUGUCGACCCCCUUGACUCUACAUCUCGUAUUAUGGAUCCUAAUAUAAUUGGUGCAGAGCAUUACAAUGUAGCUCGAGGAGUCCAGAAGAUUUUGCAAGAUUACAAGUCACUUCAGGAUAUUAUUGCAAUCUUGGGUAUGGACGAGUUGUCUGAAGAAGACAAGCUAACUGUGGCUAGAGCACGCAAGAUUCAAAGAUUCCUGUCUCAGCCUUUCCAGGUAGCCGAAGUGUUUACUGGCCAUGCUGGCAAACUAGUACCCCUUGAAGAGACCAUCAAAGGAUUCUCUAAAAUUCUGCAAGGAGAGUAUGACCACCUGCCUGAAGUUGCAUUCUACAUGGUUGGGCCCAUUGAAGAAGUCAUUGCAAAGGCGGAAACCCUUGCUAAAAAUAUUUCAUAA